AUUUUCUUCAAUUAAAUAACAAAACAAAACAAAUUGAAUGACUAUUAUUAGGUCUUAUUGUUGUUGAUCCACAACAACAACAACAACAACAAAGUGUGCCAUCGAUUGUCUUCAACAACAAUCACUGACUAAUUAAAACAUUAUCAUCAAAAAUAAUGGACCCGAAAGUCCCCCGAAAAUUGGACUCAUCGUUGGCCGCCGGCCUAUCAUCUGUUGUCAACAAACGUCGUAUUAGUCCAACAGUGGCCAUAAACCCGUCGUCAUCGUCGUCUAUAUCGUCUAAUGAUAGUACGGGUGGCGGCGGUGGUGGCGGAGGACUGUCCGCUAUGAGCGGUGGUAGUAAUCAGUCAUCGUUGGCCACCGUCAACAACGAACUGACCGCUUUGUUCGAGUGUCCCGUUUGUUUUGAUUAUGUAUUGCCGCCGAUACUCCAGUGCCAAAACGGUCAUCUGGUUUGUGCCCAAUGUCGCCAAAAGAUUACCUGCUGUCCCACUUGUCGGGUACCUAUCGGCAACAAUAUCCGCAACUUGCAAAUGGAAAAGUUGGCCUCGUCGAUGAUGUUUCCGUGCAAGUUUCAGCUGAACGGUUGCGGCGCUCAUCUGGUCUGCAACGAUAAGACCGAACACGAAGAUUCAUGCGAAUACAAGCCGUAUUCGUGUCCAUGUCCAGGGAGCAGUUGUAAAUGGCAGGGUCCCAUCGAGGACGUAAUGACCCAUUUGAUGACUAACCACAAAAGUAUAACCACACUCCAAGGUGAAGACAUCGUAUUUUUGGCUACCGAUAUCAACCUGUCGGGCGCUGUCGACUGGGUAAUGAUACAGUCGUGCUAUUCCCAUCAUUUUAUGCUAGUACUGGAAAAACAGGAAAAAUUUCACGGACAUCAACAAUUUUUUGCCGUCGUCCAACUAAUCGGCUCCCAUAAACAGGCCGACCAAUUCAUUUAUCGGCUGGAAUUGAAUGGCCACAAACGUCGCCUGACAUGGGAGGCCACACCACGAUCCAUACACGAAGGCGUACAGUCGGCUAUCAAUACAUCAGAUUGUCUAGUAUUUGAUACACAUAUUGCACAGUUGUUUGCCGAUAACGGCAAUCUGGGUAUCAAUGUUACCAUUUCGCCCGUUUGAUCGUUAAAACCAACAAACAAACAAACAAAUCAACUAAACUAUUGAUUAACUAUUAUUAUUAAUAAUACACUACUAUUUUAGAUACAUUUUUUUGAGAGAGAGAGAGAGAGAGAGAGA